CCUGGCUGGUGGCCUCGCAGGGCCGGCGGCGGCUGCCCGGGGACGGAGCCAGGCCUCGCUCAGCGCCAGCCCAGGCCGCGCGUUGCCGGGCAACGGCCCCCUCGGAAGCCAAACACGCUCGGCGCCGGCGGGGCGCGAGCCGAAGAGGAAGGACGUUGAGCCGCCGCUCUCGCCGUGGCCCUGCGCUGUCCCCUCAGAAUGGUCCUCCGUCCCUCCCUCCGCCUGCCCGCCAUGGAAGAACCAGAAAUCGCCACUGAACCGGAAUCCUCAGAAGAAGAGCUGAUUCAUUUUAACGUUGGCGGCUGGUGCUUUUCAGUUCCCAAAAGCAAAAUUGCCCAGUUUCCUGACUCUCUGAUCUGGAAAGAGGUUUCAGCUUUGGCUCAGAAUGAAAAUGUGAGCUUGUUCAUUGACAGAGACGGCUACACCUUCAGACACGUCCAUUAUUAUCUGCACACCUCCAAGCUGUCCUUCUCCAGCUGUGCUGAGCUGAACUUGCUGUACGAGCAGGCAAUGCUUCUGCAGCUCACCCCUCUCUUACAGACUUUAGACAAUUUGAAGGAAGGGAAACAUAAUUUACGCAUCCGACCUGCUGAUGUACCAAUAGCUGAAAGAGCAUCUAUGAAUUACUGGAGAACACGAAAAUGUAUCAGCAAGCCAUCCGAAUUUCCUCUCAAAAGUCCAGCAUUUACUGGAUUACAUGAGAAAGCUCCCCUAGGAUUAAUGGACACCCCAUUACUAGAUACAGAAGAGGAAGUGCAUUACUGCUUUCUGCCACUAGACAUGGUUGAAAAAUACCCUUCACUGGUCAAUGAUGAUAAUUUGCUGUGGCUGACUGACAAUGCUGUCCUAAUAGAAUGCGAAGGCAAUGAAUUCCGCUUCAUAGCUAAUUUUCUUCGCUCAGAGAAGAUUCUUUUGCCUGACAGCUUCUCCAACAUGGAUGCUCUGGAAGCUGAAGCUGAGGUGCUGGGAAUUCCAGAUGUCACAGAAGCAGUAAAGAUCUACAGGAGAAACCCUGGAGUCUACUCAGAGGAGACAUUUGAUCUUCAAGCCUCUUUGAAACGCACAAUGAAAAAGCAGCUGGGUGUUCAGGAAGCAGCCAGUCUCCCUUUGUUCCCGAUGGUGCUUGGUCUCUUAGUCAAAUAUCCCGAUUCAGCUCUGGGGCAGCUUCACAUGGAGAGUACCCUGGAUGGGAACAAGCUCUAUAUAUCGGGAAACGGAGUUCUCUUUCAACAUGUCAUGAAUUGGUUAGGAACGUGCAAACUGCCACUUAUACGAAAGAUGUCUGAGCUUCCUGAACUCUGUGCCUAUUUGGAUCAAAUGGAUAUCAUAUAUGAGCCAAUGAAAGAUGCUUUAAAGACUUUUCUAAAACAAAAGACACCUUUAGAUACCAUGGAAAAAGAUGCAGACUGGGCAGCAGAAAUAACGAUCUUUUCACUGCAUCAUAUUGUCAAAGUGUAUGUAGGAAGUCACUGGUAUGCAACUUACUUGCAAACAUUAUUGAAGUUUCCAGAGCUGUUGUCAAAUUGCAGAAAAGUUUAUUGGAUUGCCUAUGGUCAGACUCUCCUCAUCCAUGGAGAUGGACAAAUUUUUCGACACAUCCUCAACUUUUUUAGAUUUGGCAAACUAUUCUUGCCUUCUGAGUUUAAAGAAUGGUCUCUUCUGUGCCAGGAAGUGAUGGAGUAUCAGAUCCCUUCUCUUGUGGAGGCCCUUCAUCAAUAUGACACAUACAGAUUAUGGGUGCAACAACAGGAAGCUCAAAGAGUCGCUUUUCCAUUUAGAAGUCUUGAAAUUGCAGUGCCAGAGAAGGAUCAAGAAUCUGGAGAAGAUCCUCGAAAUCACUCAUAUAUUGCUGUGGAUUUAGACCAAUGUGCCAGAAACUGGAAUAUACUUAGAGAGACGCAAGACACGGAAGAAAGUGACAGAGAGAAUGAAAAGUACCCCCUUAUUUCCCCAACCAAGGGAGCAAAGCGAAGAAAUAACUGGGAAGGGUAUGGUCAGUCCACAGAUGGGUGGGACAAUUCUUGCCAUUUCAAGCAGCCUGGAAGCCCCCCAAGAAAAAGAGGGGCAAAAGGGAAUUUAACAAAGAAACCUGAAAACAGGGACACUCCCAUCCAAAAGCUCAUUUCCCUGGUGCAGGGAUGGGAUAUGGUGAACUACAGACGCUAUGAAGCCCAGCACAUGCCAACAUCCCAUGGUGUCAGAGGGGCGGAAGAGCCCGCAAAGAAGGCCUCCUGCAAUCUGGUCACCAGUCCUGAGCCCUCUAGUCAUGGACACCUGCCGGAAGCUGGACAGUGUGUGCUUGGCAUCCCAGCCCCCGAGGCCUGGCUUGUCAAGACUGGGAGAGCAAGCAUUUCUGAGGAGGCUUAUUCCAUGGGAGAAAACACUGCAGUCAAGGAACUGAGUACCCAGAAACAGAGAGAGAGAGGAACAUUGCCUGAACAAACCAGUGCUAUCAUUGAUGAGCCCCAUGGCAACACUGGCUUGAUUUUUAAAGUUGAACAUCCUCCAAUUGUGGCUUGUGAUGGUUCAAGCACAUCUCAUGAAAACAGCAUCCUCUACAGUACCCACUUGGAAGACAUUAAAUUAGCCAGUGCACUUGCACAACCAGGAGCCAAAGACAUUGUCUUCUUGAGCUUUCCAUUGUCAGAAGAGGAGAUUUUUUAUGCCCGGAUGUGCCACUGUUUUCUGACUGAUGUCAUCCUGGAUUCCAUAAGGCAGAAGGACCCCAAGAAAACGACGGCCAAGGUGGAGGUGCUUGUGCAGAGGCUGUGGAGCCUGCAGAUCACACCUAAGGAAUUUGUUGUUGGCUUGCUGAAUGUGGCACCCUUUAAAGCUGAUAGUCAUGCUUGUGAGAAGUUAUUGAAAUGGAUUGAAUUCACCCUGCCAUUUGCCUGGAAGUACAGCUGCUGCAUUGACCGGCUCAUAAAGAAAGGUUACUUUCAGUCGCUCUCUCAUUUUGUCAUAGGGAAAUAUUUACAGAACCCUUAA